AAGAAGGAGGCGUUCAGGAAGUACCUCGAGUCCGCGGGCGUCAUCGACUCCCUGACCAAGGUGCUCGUGUCCCUCUACGAGGAGCCCGACAAGCCCGCGACCGCCAUCGACUUCCUGAAGGCGAACCUCGGGGGACCCACUCCGGCUGAGUACGAGGCCCUGGAGGAGGAGAAGAACACCCUCGCCGCGGAGCUGGAGGCGACGAAGAAGGAGCUGGCGGAAACCCAGGCGAAGCUGGAGGCGGCC